AUGGUUAUCACGCGAUCUGCUCGGAAUCGAAGAAUUCAAAAGGCCUUGAGGGCUGCGGCAUCUCAGCUUAGAAUCGCCAAGCUCCUUGCGCUUGGCGGCGAUGAAGACGUUGAGCAGGCUCGAGCUCGGGACAAUGAAGAAAUUCAAGAAGUUCCAUCGGAAGAGUUCAAUGCUCAAUCAUCUACCCCUGCGCCGCAAAGAGCAGCUGCCGAGGAAUGCGGGGAAAAAACAAAAAAGAAGGGAUUCUUUUCCAAGAUGCCCCAGCUUCUUAAAAAAAAGCCCACGCCAAAGUUUGACAUUUUCGAUAAUGAUCAACUUGGCCUUGCGUGUGGAUUCGAUGAAAUCUGCAAGGGGCUGUCUACUCAAGAAAGGCGAGCCGUAGAAAAAGAGAUCUUCCGGCUUCAAGGUCUUUUGGAGAAGGAACGAGAUUUUCUUUGGCACGAUUUACACGCGCAAAGAGUAAUCGUGCACAUUCGAACAAAGAGCGGCCGCAGUAUAAUUAUCAAAGGCCGAGGCUGGACAAGUGAAUACGAACAGUAA